AUGGCUUCCAACACCACCAAAGAAGUACUCCACGACCUCUCUCCUUAUCUCAAAGUCUACACAGAUGGAACCAUCGAGAGAUUCGUGGUCACACCUAGCGUUCCGCCGUCACCGGAGGACCCAACCACUGGCGUAGCCUCCAAAGACAUAAUAGUUAUUUCACCGGAGGUUAAAGCCAGACUAUUCCUCCCAAAGCUGACAGACUCCAACCAAAAACUCCCCGUUUUAGUCUACUACCAUGGCGGUGGAUUUUUCACCGAUUCUCCCUACUGUUUGAGCUACCACCGUUACAUGAACUUCUUAGCAGCCGAAGCAAAAGCUCUAAUCAUUUCUGUCGAAUACAGGCUCGCCCCCGAACACCUUCUACCCAUAGCCUACGAAGAUUCAUGGACUGCCCUUCAAUGGGUGGCGUCUCACGUUAUUUCAAAUGCUAGUAUCGAAAAGAAUCCAUGGAUUAUUAAACACGGCGAUUUUGGUCAUCUGUAUAUCGGCGGCGAUAGUGCAGGUGGCAAUAUAGCACAUAAUAUUGUUCUUCGAGCUGGGGUGGAACCUUUGCUCGGGGAUGUGAAAAUCUUAGGUUUAUUUCUAUCUUGUCCUUAUUUCUGGGGAUCAAAACCAGUUGGGUCGCAAUCAAAAGAAGAUUUGAUUGGUUUUGCAUAUAAAGCUUGGAUGUGUGUUUAUCCAUCAGCCACUGGUGGGAUUGACAAUCCGAUGAUCAAUCCAUUUGCAGAGAACGCCCCGAGCUUAUCCGGGCUGGCGUGUUCAAGACUGCUGGUUUGUUUAGCAGGAGAGGAUGCAUUUACGCCUAGAGGGAUUCUUUACGUUGAGACUGUGAAGAAAAGUGGGUGGAAUGGUGACGUACAACUGGUGGUAGUUGAUGGAGAAGAUCAUGAUUUUCAUGUAAAUAAUCCUUAUACUAAGAAAGCAAAGGAUUUGAUUAAGAAAUUGGCUACUUUUAUUUCCAAGUGA